AUGUUGCCGGCCAAAAAUGAGCGAAAGCGUGCUCAAGUGAUGAAUCUACUUGCCAGGAAGGAAGAUGACGAAUCCCUCCCACCGGCCAAGACCAUCGGCCGCGGGGACGCUGCGAUGAAGCUCGCCCGCCAAGACCGCCUAAUGAUGUCCCUCAAGAGUCCAACACCCCAGACGCCGCGUGUCAUUACUAUCCAGAAGGCACUGAUUGGCUUGGCUUUGAGGAAAACUGCGAUGAUCUGCACAUCAGGGCUUAAUAUUCAUCCGGUAUCAAUCAGCACAAAUGUGAUUCGCGACAAGUUGGUGGCUUUAGCUCGUGGUCCUGGCGCAGGUGUACUGAGUACCUACGGAGCAAUACCCGUAGGCUUGGCGAAGCCAAGGCCUGUUUACAGCCCUAGGUCCAGACUGACUGUGAGUCGCGCUGUCUGGCAGGAAUUUCGGGCCCCGAGGACCCCAUGGUCCCGCUGCAAUUAUCCCGUUGCCCACUCUCAGAGAAGUGUGCGUGUUUCAAUUAUAUGGUGGCUUGUGGGGACCCCAGAUGAGUUUUCCACGGAGACCGGAAGUUUACUUUGA